GCGGGGAGGCUGUGGGCUUCACGCCGGACUGUUGGCUCAUUGUUCGGCAGAGCUCCGCUCGGCCAGUCAUCUGAUGAUAUUUAUGGAUUGCUCGUCAGCGGCGGACCUCCUGCCCGCUCCCUUUAAUGGCCAACUUGACUACAUCUCAUGAUGUAAUGCAGCAGCUCACUGAUGCUGUGUGGAGCAGGCGCUGGCGGGCUCAUUGUCUUCUCGGGGAUGAAUGUGCUGAAACACACCUACUGCCACCCACCUGCCUCCUGUUGUCGCGCGUCAUUGCUGCUGUGUCAUAAACCGGAGCGUGCACGGGGCGAAGGCUUGUUGCCGGGAGCGACAGGAUUUAAAAACGGACUGCUCGUACUUGGGAGGUAUGCCAUGUUUCUCAGGGACUUAUCUCAUCGUCACUCUGCAGAGGAUGGAAACUAAGCAAUGAGGUCACCUUGAAAGGGAGCUCCCUUCCAGGCCCGCGAAUGUUGCUGCCCCCACCCUCAGAAAAGCAGAGUUUACCUCUGUAACCCCCCCGUUCCAGCGUGGAUCGCUCCGUCCCCCCCGCAGCCAUACAUCAUCAUUCAGUGCGGCUGCCGUAGCCUGCCGUGGAAGACCCCCCUCAAUCAAUGUAGAAGGAAGUCUGAAAGGAAACACCGGAGAGUCACCUUGGACAGCAUCCUCCAGCUGAGCAGAGAGGUGUGCUAACACAGACACAGAGGAGAGUCAGAGGAUGACCCAAUUAAAGGAAACUCGGAGGGUCUGAACCAGAUCAUCUUACAUAACCUCGCUGGAGGACGCAGCUUUGAUACUGAGAGGAUGGAAGCCACCUGUCCUCAGAUACCUGUCCGCCACAGCCUGAGGUGUGAGGAUGAUCCGUGAUGCCAGAGGAGAGUCCGGAAGGGGAAGCUCUCAGAUGAGCGGAGGACGACCGGAUCCAAAGGAAACGGAGCGUUGAUGCCCAAUAGACGCAGACUGACCCUUGAGGCUGAGCGUGCAUCGUGUGUGUGCACGUGACACAAAUCUGUCUGUCCGCUUGAUCAAAAUCCCAACACCUGCACAGAAAUCUGAACUGUUACAAAGAUGAAGAAAUCUUCAUUUCAAAACUCACAUCCUUCCAGAAGUUAUCUUUCUCAGACGUGUUCUAUUUUUUCAUCUGUUGUCCCUUGACAGGUGGUGCGUUUGUCUUCCUAAAAGAAAGGAAAUAAGUUAAGCUGAAGAUCUGUGGAAAGAUCCACAUAAGAUCACAAAAAAUACCCUCAAGAUAAAAGAAAACAAGCUGAGAAAGUCCCGCUCAAAUUCAAGCAGACAUGUUAACGAAUGAUUGAUGCUAACGAGAUGACCCUUCCCUGCACUUCACUACAAUGCUAAUAUCACAAGAGUUAUAUAACAGAUAUCAUCCUUGAAAAUCGAUCGCAAAGGAAGUAACAUUGGAUUCAUGGAGUCACUUGAAACCACUGCAGGGCUGAAAAGCUCCACAGAGGGUCAAGACACAAAUGUUGCUCAGAACAAAUGCACAUCGGAAGGCGAACAGACCAAGAGGAGACCAUCGGUGGAUUCUGAAGGUAAAGUCUGGCACCAACAACGUGGAGAAGCUCAAAGCGGAGUCACAUGUGGUUCUAACAAAACGCCUGACUCAGGGAAAUCUGCGCAACUACAAGAUCAGCUGUCCCAAACCCAGUCCGCAAGUCAUCAAGAAUAUGAGGUACAGUCCAAUAAGCUGCUUUCUGCUGGGAGACAGAAGGCUGCAACACAGCCCCUAGGAAACGCAUCUCACAGGAAGUCCCCCGAAGUCCAGCAGCAGAGUUCCCAACUGGGAAUGGAUCAGCACUUGGAGGCGACGUCUAGGGCCGAGCAGAAAGCACAAAAACCCGGGAAGUAUGUCUGCGAUUACUGUGGGCGGGCCUGUGCCAAACCCAGCGUGCUGAAGAAGCACAUUCGCUCCCACACUGGAGAACGGCCCUACCCGUGCGUCCCAUGUGGGUUCUCCUUCAAAACUAAGAGUAAUCUGUACAAACACAGAAAGUCUCAUGCUCACUCCCUCAAAGCUGGAACAGUGCCACUUUCAGAACUCGGUUCCUACAGCGUCAACACGGAUCAGGGGUCUUUCGAAGGGGAAGGAGAGGUAUUCUCUGAUGCAGAGCAGAGCACGGAUACGGACGAGGACACCCUUAAUGACCCACUGCUGCUUCUGGACUCGCCAAUGGAAGGAUCAGAUUACACAGCUGUAAAAGUCCUGAAUCUUAUUGCUCAGAAAAAGGGAGCCACGUCAAUGUCCCCUCAGGAGGGCUUAUCCCAACCCCACGAAAUCAAUGCACCUCCAAUCACAGCUGAGGCUGGUCGUGCAAUUCAGUCUUGCACUAUCAAACAGAGGCUUGCACUUCGACUUUCUGAAAAAAGAAGCAGCGACUCUGAAAACAACCUGUCCCUCCCAAGCCAGUCAAGCAAAGGAAGCACAGACUCAGGGUACUUCUCGCGCUCUGAGAGCUCCGAACACCAGACCGGUCCUCCGAAUGCCAACGCAAAGUCCUACCAAGAGAUCAUGUUUGGAAAGUGUUAUCGGCCAAGCCCCAAACAGACAUCGACUUUUGCAGCUUGUAAUUCAGAGUCAUGUAACGAGUACACUGAGAAGUUCUCAGAGAGAGGUGUGUCGCGAGUUUUCACCCAAGAAAAGGACACUGUUGAGUCAAUCAAAAUAAACACAAAGUCACUCAUGAGAGACGAGGUAAAGGAGUUGCAGUUAGACCCAGAAAUGGGGCCACUCAUGAGAAGCAACUCGAUGCCAACAUCUUCGGCGGUUGGUCUGACAAUGCCCCAAGCGCUCAGAGGCAGCCACUCAUUUGACGAGAGAGCAAGCAACGGUGGCAUGAGGAGACUUCGCCGGCAGGCGGCUUUUGAGACCCACGAUGGCCACACAGACCCUGACAACCAUGGAAAGAUAGGCGAGACCGGCUUCUCACCUGUGGGGCUGGAAAUGGAAAACUACUCCCUCGUGGUGACCAGUAUGACCCAACAAAAACAUGCAGUGGAACUGGCAACACGAAAGCGUCGCAAAGAAAAGAGGGAAGAAGAAGACUUGCCAGGUCAAUAUGAGGGCCAUCAAGAGCAGUGUGAAGAAAUGUUGGAGUCAAGCAAAGACUAUGAUUUAAAACAAGCUGCAAUGGGAAUUAUUGCUCUGGGGAGAGGAUAUUCAGAUAGGUGUGACAUGGACUUUUCCAUCACCCCAGAAAUAUCAGCUCGAAAAACCUUAGGGAAUGUCAUUUCUGUCAUUCAGCACACUAACUCAAUAAACAAGCCUCACGUUGAACAGUCAGAGUAUUUUAAAUAUCAUGCUCCGAGAUCGGAGGGCAUCACCUCGUUUCAGGUGAUGGAGGCAAGUGACUCUUUUGAGAUGGAAGGUGAUGGCAGGUUAAGGCAGUCUGUCCAACUUGGGCCCAAACUGAUACGACAGUCCAACAUACAAGUACCAGAAAUCCGGGUCACCGUUGAGCCUGAUAGUCCAGAAAAAGCUCCAGAGGUCCAGGUGAAGGAACCAGAGAAGCACACAGACGAGUUUCAGUGGCCUCAAAGGAGUGAAACUUUAGCACAAUUCCCUCCAGAAAAGCUCCCUCCAAAGAAGAAAAGGCUUCGUUUAGCAGAACUUGAGCACUCUUCGGGCGAGUCUAGUUUUGAGUCUGCCUGCACCAGUCUUUCCCGCAGCCCGAGCCAGGACAGCAAUCUGUCUUACAGCUCCACUUUUUCCUUUGACAGGGAAGAGAGCUUAAAGUCAGCCUCCCCAGCCAGGCAAGACGAAUUUGGCAAACCACUGGAGCUCCUAGCUGUGCCAGGCAGUGGGCACUCCCUGUCCGUGCUCAGUCAGCGGCAACAGCACGAAAUGAGACGCUCUUCCUCUGAGCAAGCACCGUGCAACUUGCGCAAAGAGUUCCCGGAGGUACGGAGUGUAUCAUUUGACUAUGGCAGCCUUUCCCCAACAUCCAAAGUUAGACACACAGACAUCAGCGAAGUCAAUGAAACCAGGAGGCUGAACCUGGUCCGACAGGAGUCCCUGAGUAUGGACACUGAGGUACCGCAGGCUCUCCCACAGUAUCUAAGCAACACCUCCUCUUUGUUCCCAGCUGUUCUGCCGCAGGCUUUGCCAAUGUUUUCCACCGCAAAUGUGUUUCCCCAGCUCCCACAUCCAAGCCUGCUGGUUCCUGUUAGAAUCCAGACUCACGUGCCGUCCUUUGGCAGCAUCACGUACACCUCAGUAUCUCAGAUUGUUGACAAUCUUUACGACAGUGUUAGAUCCGUUACCUCAAUUCUUCAGAGUCAGAGUUCACAGUUCUGUGGAAGUCCUGAUCCUCAUCAUGGACUUUCUCACCCCAAACCUCUUGCAGUUCAAACCUUUAAUUCUGAAGCUCUUGAUUUGUCAUCAGCUAAGCUCAAGACCGGCUUCCCUCUGUCGCUGACGUCCAGAACAAUCUCUACCACCAACGCUUCCAGCGGAGGGGCAAGCAAGCGCAUGCUGUCUCCUGCCAGCAGUCUGGACAUGGUCAUUGAGGUCAAGCAGCAAAAACGGGUCAAAGAGGAAAGAAUGUUUGGGCAGAUCGUAGAGGAGCUGAGUGCGGUGGAGCUGGGAAAAUGCCAUUUAAGUGAGAAGAAGAGUUUAAAAAUGCAGACUGCAUCAACGGCUCACGCUCAGGGUGAGUCAUGCAGGACUGCAUUUGUCAACCUUUAUCAAAAAGUCACGGAUGCAGUCGACCAAGCUGUGGAGGCUCCUGAAACGAGCUCGCCUCCUCACGUCUUUCUAUCAGUCAGUGAAGUGAAGGUGCAGAUGGAGACGGGAGCACAGAAGGUUUCCAGUCCGGACAUCCUGAUCUCAGAUACUAAGCAUCCGAGGCUCCUAUCUCACUUUCCAAGCCUUCGCACUACGACAGGUGUGAGCUGGUGUUAUCUCAACUUCACUAAGCCGAGCUGCUCUCACGCCGACACUGCUCUUGCCUCGGUAUAUGCCACAUGGUGCGCGAGUUCCCACAAUCCCAACCCUCUGGAGCUAAGUACCAGUGCCGCUCUGGCUCUGCUGCAGUCCAGACAGAAGGGAGAAACGGUCAUAUACACCAUGGCUGCCAUGUGCCCGCCCGGGACGGGGAAGCUCGUUUCCUCCCUGCUCUUAUGGAGGAAGAGCGCUGAACAGCUGCAGAGGAAACCAGAGCCCAAAGAAGUGGACAACAUCACCUUCGGGAAGAAAGCGAAAGACAUCAGCUGCAGAGCCAAAACUGCCAAGGAGGAGUGGAAAGAGAGGGAGGCCUCCGCAAACCCGACAGCGCCAACACGGAUUAAGAUCUUUGAGGGAGGGUAUAAGUCCAAUGAAGACUAUGUGUACGUCAGGGGCCGAGGGCGGGGAAAAUACAUCUGUGAGGAGUGCGGGAUCCGCUGCAAGAAGCCCAGCAUGCUUAAGAAACACAUUCGGACCCACACAGACGUGCGGCCGUACAUCUGCAGGGUCUGUAACUUUGCUUUCAAGACUAAAGGAAAUCUGACAAAACAUAUGAAGUCAAAGGCCCACAUGAAGAAAUGUCUUGAACUUGGAGUGUCAACAACAAUGGACGAGACUGAGAUCCAGGAACACGUUGAUGAUAUCCAACCAGACUCCAAGGCGGAGGUGGCAGCUACUACCAAACACCAGUUCUCCGAUGCGGAAGACUCUGACAUCAUGGAUGAAGAAGCCGACGAGAUCGAAGAAGACGAAGAUGAGGAUGAGGACUACGAGGGAGAUUCCACUCCAAAACUCCGAUCAAGAAGCACGAGCCCUCAGCUGUGCGGAGCGACUUCUCUGUCAGUCGCAUCUACGGCCGCCAUCCACGGCUGCUCCCUCGCCUCUCUGCCAGGAGCUGAUGCCGCACAACCCCCCCUCAGCAGCAGUACCGGGUCGGACCAUCGACGGGUCCUGCCAUUCGAUAAGUCCAUGGACGAAGACUCCCUGGCAGUGCUGUCUCCUGACCAAACCAACGCCCUCUUCGACCCUUACUCGUCAUGUCUCCUGUCUCCUGGCUGGGAGUCUCCAAUCAGAGAACCCUCCCCGUCUCGCUUACGUUAUCCAUCCCCGAGGCGAGAGUUCUCCGCUCGAGGUCGUUCUUACCCAAGAUGGGACACGUCUCCGCUACGACCCAAUUCGCCCAGUUUCAAAUCAAUUCAGCACCCCUCCCCGGUCUCAAUGGAGCGAUCCACUUCUCCGGGAACCGAGCUGAGCGGGAAGCGGGAAUGCUCAGUGAGGGGCAGGCAGAGGGUGGUGCUGAGGGCGGUGUCCCCACGCCGAGGCUCUCACCAGCAUAAAGGUGGUGGGGAUAAAAGCAGACAGCAGGCGAAGCUGGAGAUCAAUCAACUACUGGGAGGCCUGGAUGUGGAGAUGGAUCAGAGGAGCAGCGCCGCCUCCGCCCAGCACCAGAACAUCCUCAGCCACCUCCCUCUUCACUCCCAGCAACCUGCCCACAGCUUGCUCCCGGUCGUUCCUGUGGGGGGGCUCCAGAUGCCGCCCUCCCCGCCCUCCCCCAGCACCGACGCCAUGGUCUCCCCUGAGCAGAGCCCGCCGAGCGUCGAGAGCCAGCGCUGCAGCAGCCGGGAGGGGUCCGUCCUCGGGCCGGAGGCAGGAGGGGAGGACGUCACGGAGAACCCCCCCGAGCUGGGGGUGAGGGACGGCAGGCAGGAGGAGGGCGUCCAAACCUGCUUGAAAGCCAUCGCCUCGUUGAAGAUCACCGCUGAAGAGCCUCAUUAAAUCAGCCGCCGUGUGGUCUCCGCUUAUUUGGCGCUCAUGCAGGCGUCCGGCGCCGUCUUCAUCCCGUCAGAGGCAGCAGAGGAAGACUCCGCCUGGUGGUUCUGGUGAAGAACGAGCUCGUCAGGAGAGCGUGAAGCGGUGCAGAGCUGCAAGGUGAAGAAUCAUUUCUGGGCGCAGGUGCAAUAUGGAGAGAUGUUCUGCUAGUCUGCCUUUGUCUGACAUCGUAUGCGUUCUCUUGCACAUCAAUGAUAUUUAUGGAACUUGUACAAAAGUCAUUAACAUUUACUCCCUUAGAUGCAUACAGGCAGUGUAUGUUGCUGUGUGUACUCUGAAAGUAGACUGUUGUUUGUGUAAUCAUAUCAAGGUGUGAUGCAGUAGUGCGGUAACUCAAGACUAUUUAUAAGGAGACGUGUGUAUUAUGAACCAGUCUGACCAAAUCUCAAGUAGAUGCUUUCUGUGUUGUUUGCUGAUCAAGCGGCGACGGUCUGUGCCUUUUUCUUUGGUUCUGCGCCUUGUUUCCCUUCAUCUGAAGAUGUUUGCUUUACGCACUGCGCUGUCGGAGGUCGCUGUACGCAGAUGCGACUGCGCUUUCAGCUUGUCGGUUUACGCAGAUGCGACUGCGCUUUCGGCUUGUCGGUUUACGCAGAUGCGCCUGCGCUGUCGGAGGUCGCUGUACGCAGAUGCGACUGCGCUUUCGGCUUGUCGGUUUACGCAGAUGCGACUGUGCUUUCGGCUUGUCGGUUUACGCAGAUGCGACUGCGCUUUCGGCUUGUCGGUUAACGCAGAUGCGACUGCGCUUUCGGCUCGUCGGUUUACGCAGAUGCGACUGUGCUUUCGGCUCGUCGGUUUACGCAGAUGCGACUGCGCUUUCGGCUCGUCGGUUUACGCAGAUGCGACUGCGCUUUCGGCUUGUCGGUUUACGCAGAUGCGACUGCGCCUUCAAAAGUAGUUUUUCGCAGCUGCCCUGUUGGAGUUCGCUUUACGCAGAUGCGACUGCGCUUUCAGAGGUUGCUAUACGCAGAUGCGGCCGCCCUGUUGGAGGUCGUAUUACGCUGACGUGACUGCGCUUUCAGAGGUCACUUUAUGCAGAUGAAGCUGCGCUUUGGGAGGUCACUUUACACUAUUGCGUCUGCGCUUUCGAAUGUUGCUUUUCGCUGAUGCGUCUGCGCAUUUGGAGGUCAUUUAACGCAGAUGCAACUGCGCUUUCGGAGGUCGCUUUACGCAGACGCGGCUGCGCCUUCAGAGGUCACGUCACGCAGACGCGGAGGCUGUUUCGGAGGAGUCACUCAAAGGAAGCGUUUUCUUUAUUGUUCCGUCAGCUCUGCUGGAGACAGAUGCAGCUUCUGUGAAACCUUCUUAAACUCAUUUCUUUUGUUGCAUUUUCUUAAUGUUGUGGUUUUUAUCCUGUUACAAAUGCAUGGAUUUGCUAUUGCACAAACAUAGAGGAAUAAUUAUGUAAUUAUGAAUACUGUAAGAUGUAUUUAUAUAUUAGAACGUAAGCACUUAUUGAUACUGGUAAACAUUUGACUACUAUUUAUAUGGUAUAUCUGUACUUAUGCAGUGAGGCAGUUAUGCAGUCAACCACUCCGGCUUUUGAUCUUUGCUUUUAUGGACAGUGUUUUUCUCCCUGCCGUAUCCAGAUGACCUGAGGCAUUUUCAUGAACUGUAAAGACGCACUUUCAUCCUCUCAUCCUUGGCGCUCGACUCGGUCAGACGAGGAGUUCGGCGCUCUCUGUGGUCGUGAUACAUUCCACUUGUUUUUCAUCGUUCGAAUCUCGGUGCACAAAAAUCAGAGGGGCUAUGAUGAUCCGUCACGUCUUCACGCUUCGCCAUAUCAUUUCCUGCCAGUAAUACUACAGUAACAGCAUGAGUUUAUUAACCGUUAGCGUGCUUACGCUCAACAUGUAAGGAACUACUCACCAAAUGCAUUACUUCUUCUGUGUAAAUAUAUACAAAUAUAUGUGUAUUUUUAUGAUUUAAACUAUUUUUGCAGCAUUGAAUUCUGAAAACUUUUUAUGUGGAUGAUUUGUAUCUCUUUCAGAGGUAAAAUGUCUGCAGCUGUAAAAGGCAAAGGUUUAAUGACGGAAUAGCACAGUGUUGGUCGUCUGAACUUUUUCAACAAUGCAUUGAAGUGGUUGAAGAGUGAAUUCUAAACUAAAGGUACACUUUGUUCACUAGUGUUUACAUUAAAGAGUUUAAAGCUGUUUUCAUGGAGCUCUGCAGACGAACGACUCCUGCUGCAGACGGUGAAGGGAAGCCUCGACUUUAUUUGCCCACACAUCUGAAAUGUACAGAAGGAUUUUCUUUGCUUCCUUAUGAGUGUAUACAUGUUCACCAAACUGCAUUGUGCCUCUGGUGUCUGUGGAAGUCUGCUGUGAAAACACACCGAGGAACGAUCAGUUUACCUCAUUCCUGCGAGGGGAUGAAACGUAGCCAACCUGUGGUUUAGAGAUCUGCAUCGACGGGGUUCGGGACGGAGUGCCUCUUUUAUGCUACAAGGAAUUUAUUGUUUGGUGCUCUACUUUUACAGAUUAAAAUCUAAACUGUUUUAAAAGAAUA